AUGUCCCAAGGAAUUUAUCUCAGUGAUGCGCCAGUGAGGAGACCUCAGUACGGUGGAAGUCCUCUAGUUAGGAAAAUUCAACGUGCUUGUAGGCUCUCACUCCAAGAACCGGACUUGUCGCUCAACCUUGACGUUGCCGAUUAUGUCAAUGCCAAGCAGGGUGCUGCUCCAAGAGAUGCUGCUGUGGCAAUUGUUAAGCUCGUUAAUAGCAGGGAUACGCAUACUGCUGUCUUUGCAUUGGCUCUUCUUGAUGUUUUAGUGAAGAACUGUGGUUAUCCUUUUCACUUACAGAUUUCGAGGAAGGAGUUUUUGAAUGAACUGGUGAAAAGAUUCCCAGAGAGACCGCCAUUACGUUUCACUAAAGUUCAACGCCUAAUUUUGACUGCUAUUGAGGAGUGGUACCAAACAAUUUGCAAGCACGCUGCGUAUAAAGAGGAUAUGGGCUACAUUAGGGACAUGCAUAGACUGUUAAAGUAUAAGGGUUAUAUUUUCCCAAAAAUCAAAGAGGAAGACCUAUCUGUCUUGAGACCUAGUGACCAUUUAAAAACCCCAAGCGAAAUUCAAAAAGAGCAGGAGAUUGCUCAGGCUGCCAAAUUGGAGGAGUUGAUCAGACGUGGGAGACCGGAAGAUUUGAGAGAGGCUAACAAGUUGAUGAAAGUCAUGGCAGGAUUUAAAGAAGACAAUGUCGUUCAAUCCAAGCAAUUGAUCAAUGACGAAUUAAGAAAGCUUAAAAGAAAAGCAGAUCUUUUUAACGAAAUGUUGAGCACAUCGGAGAACCCUGAUUUGAGCAAUGAUACCCUCGUUGAGCUCUACAGUGCCCUCAAGGUAUCUCAACCCAAGUUUCAAAAGAUUAUUGAGGAAGAACACGAUGAUGACAAUCUGGUCCAAGACUUGUUACAGUUCAAUGACACUGUCAAUCAAUUGAUGCAGAAGUACAACUUGUUAAAGACAGGCGAAACAGGUCAAGCUGCUGAAAUAAAGCUUUCAGCUAUCUCUUCCCCAACCCCUACUGGCGGUGCUCUGGCCAAUGAAAUUAAUUUAAUUGAUUUCGGUGAUGAGGAUGCUUCAUCUUCACCAACACCUACUGGACCAUCUUCUGGAAACCCUGUUGAUGAUCUGCUAAGUGACUUGGACAACUUAAAUUUUUCACAGCCAUCACAAGGUUUUGGCUUGGGUGGAAGUAUUUCAUUGGGUGCUUCGGGUCCUACCUCUGCUGUGAAUACAACUACUGCACCUGGUAAUAAUAUGGAUCUACUAGCUGGACUGUCAUCUCCAGCAUCACCCUCACCUCAGCCAGUCUUCAACGCCCCUACUUCAAAUACUGCCGAUCUUCUGGGUGAUUUUUCGACGCCUGUGACGUCUGCUCCCUCAAAAAACUCUCUAGAGCAAGUAAAAGUAGAAAUGUCCUCCUCGUCUCACUUGAGAAUUGAUGUUGAAUUGACUAGGGAGUCCGAUUCCGUUUUGAAAAUUGUAUCUUAUUUUUCAAAUAUCGGUACAUCACCUAUUUCAGAGUUGACAUUCAUGGUUGCUGUGCCAAAGUCGAUGACUUUGAAAUUGGAGCCACAAUCCGGGAAUUUUCUACCAGUAAGUGCUCAAAACGAGGUUACGCAGGUUGGUUGGAUUCAAAAUGCUCUAGUCACGUCUGAAAAGGUAUUAAAGGUGAAGUGGAAGGCGUCGUAUAUUGUAAACGCCACUCCUGUUGAGGAAACUGCUAUUUUCGCUCUCCCAAAAAUCUGA